AUGGCAGAAGGCUACUCCGCUGCCGGCGAGGCCACCGUCGACGGCAAUGCGCUGGCUGCUCGCUCUCUGGCCCGCGCUGGGGUGCAGCACAUGUUCGGAGUGGUGGGGAUCCCCGUGACAUCUCUUGCCAACCGCGCCGUCGCCGCCGGCAUCAGGUUCCUGGCCUUUCACAACGAGCAGUCCGCCGGCUACGCCGCCUCCGCCUACGGAUUCCUCACCCACCGCCCCGGGGUCCUCCUCACCGUCUCUGGCCCCGGAUGUGUCCAUGGCCUCGCCGGCCUCUCCAAUUCUCAGGUGAAUACAUGGCCGAUGGUGAUGAUCUCCGGUUCGUGCGACCAGGCAGAUUUUGGGAAGGGGGAUUUCCAGGAGCUGGAUCAGAUCGCCGCGGUGAAGCCGUUCGUGAAGUUUUCGGUCAAGGUUACUGAUAUCCGCCAGAUCCCCGGUCUAGUUCAGGAGGUCGUCCGCCACUCCUUGUCUGGUAGGCCGGGUGGAUGCUACCUGGAUCUGCCCACGGACGUCCUCCACCAGACGAUCUCCAAAUCGGAAGCUGACAAGCUGCUGCUGGAGUCAGAGAGCCCUCUGAUCGAGCAGAUCCGAGAAGUCCAAGCCCUGGAUAUUCAAUUGGCUGUGUCUCUGCUUAGGAAUGCCGAGAGGCCGUUGAUUGUGUUCGGGAAAGGUGCGGCCUACUCCCGGGCGGAGGAUUCUUUGAAGAAGCUCGUUGAGAGAACAGGCAUUCCCUUCUUGCCGACCCCAAUGGGGAAGGGUUUGAUCUCCGACACCCACGAGCUCUCUGCCACCGCUGCAAGGUCUCUUGCAAUUGGCCGAUGCGAUGUUGCAUUCGUCGUCGGCGCCAGGCUCAACUGGCUGCUCCACUUUGGCGAACCGCCGAGAUGGUCCAAGGACGUCAAAUUCAUACUCGUCGAUGUCUCUGGAGAGGAGAUUGAGCUCAGGAAGCCCCAUUUAGGGCUAGCAGGCGACGCCAAGCAGGUUCUAGAUCUGGUUAAUGCAGAGAUUAAGGACGAUCCUUUCUGCUUUGGGAAAUCACACCCUUGGGUGGAGGCGAUCUCCAAGAAGGCCAAGGAGAAUGUGGCCAAGAUGGAGAUGCAGCUGGCGAAGGUUGUAGUGCCUUUCAACUACUUCACUCCCCUGAAGAUCAUACGAGAUGCGAUUCUCGCAGAGGGAUCCCCGGCCCCGAUCUUGGUAUCAGAGGGUGCAAACACGAUGGAUGUGGGAAGGGCCGUGCUGGUUCAGACAGAGCCGAGGACGAGGCUAGACGCAGGGACCUGGGGCACGAUGGGAGUUGGUCUGGGCUACUGCAUCGCUGCUGCCGUGGCGGCUCCCGGACGAUUGGUGGUUGCUGUGGAAGGGGACUCCGGAUUUGGUUUUAGUGCCAUUGAAGUUGAGGUACGCCUUCCCUCUGCUCAAUGCUCCUCAUCUUGGAUUUUACAGCUCCUUGUUAUCUGCUCUACCCUGAUAUUGCCUCCAGUUGGCAAUCGGAUGUAGAAAUAUGUUUAUAUGUUCACACAGAUAUCAUCAAUAGUUAGUUGCCUAUUGGUCGCACAAUUGAUGCCCGGGAAUAGCAAUUUUCUUUCAGAGUGUUGAAUUCUUCACGGAGUUUGCAGAUUUACUGCGCAAAACCAGAAGUUUGGUCCAAUUUAUAUAAAUCAUCAAUGAUUCCUGAAUCGAAGUUUUUGCAUGUAUGAAGGGAAUUUAGAAGCACCUGUUCCGGUGUUCUGGUGUUCAUAUCAAUUAACUGAUUAAACUUCAUUUAUAAACUUUAAUAGCCCUAGUGAUAUCUGACUUUGGGUUAGAUCCCGCUGCUUCUGUUUCAUUCUAAUCCGACAGAUGCUUUGAAUCUUUCAGUAGUUCUUCAAAAUUUCCUCACUAACAGACAUCAUCCAAAUGCCAUCCUGGGCCAAUCAAUCGAGUCCUCUUUUUUUUAACCGACUGGUGAUCAGCUGCCAUGUCUUGCUGAUAUCCUCUUUUGCAGACGCUGGUGAGGUACCAGUUACCAGUGGUGGUGAUCGUCUUCAACAACGGUGGCGUAUACGGUGGCGACAGAAGGAAUCCCGAGGAGGUCACUGGACCGUACAGAGAAGACCCCGCUCCAACCUCCUUUGUCCCUGGAGCUGCUUAUCACACCCUGAUGGAAGCCUUCGGAGGCAGUGGCUAUCUCGUGGGGACCCCCGAGGAGCUCAAGUCUGCCCUCGCCGAGUCCUUCUCUGCUCGCAAGCCGGCGGUGAUAAAUGUCACCAUCGAUCCUUAUGCUGGAUCAGAAAGUGGAAGGAUGCAGCACAAGAACUAG